GUUUGUGUUUGGGAUGCAGAGCUACGGGAACUUCGAGCCGAGUGUUAUAUAAAGGAAGGGGAACCAAGCAAAGCCAUUAGUGACUUGAAAGCUGCUGCCAAAUUAAAGAAUGAUAAUACUGAAGCCUUCUAUAAAAUCAGCAGAAUAUAUUACCAGCUGGGGGACCAUGAAUUAUCACUCAGUGAAGUCCGAGAAUGUCUGAAACUAGACCAAGACCAUAAGCAAUGCUUCUCUCUCUAUAAGCAAGUAAAGAAACUCAAUAAGCAGAUCGAGUCAGCAGAGGAAUUCAUCAGAGAAGGCAGGUAUGAAGAUGCUAUCAAUAAAUAUGAUUCUGUAAUGAAAACUGAGCCAGAAGUCCCAAUUUAUACUACUCGUGCCAAAGAAAGGAUCUGCCACUGUUUAUCAAAGAAUCAGCAGGCUACAGAAGCCAUAAAAGUUUGUACAGAAGUUCUGCAACUGGAACCAACCAAUGUGAACGCCCUGAAAGACAGAGCAGAAGCUUAUUUGCUGGAAGACCUGUAUGAAGAAGCUAUUAAAGACUAUGAGACUGCUCAAGCCAAUAGUGAAAAUGACCAGCAGAUUCGGGAGGGGCUAGAACGUGCCCAGAGGAUGCUGAAGCAAUCACAGAAGAGGGAUUACUAUAAAAUCUUAGGAGUAAAAAGAAAUGCUCGAAAGCAAGAAAUCAUAAAAGCUUACAGAAAGCUGGCAUCCCAGUGGCACCCUGACAACUUCCAGAGUGAGGAAGAAAAGAAGAAAGCAGAGAAGAAAUUCAUCGAUAUAGCAGCUGCUAAAGAAGUCCUCACUGACCCAGAAAUGAGGCGGAAGUUUGAUGCGGGAGAGGACCCACUGGAUGCGGAGAGUCAGCAGGGUGGGGGCAACCCUUUCCACAGGAACUGGAACACAUGGCAAGGAUUCAACCCCUUUGGUUCUGGAGGAGGACCAUUUACAUUCAAAUUUCACUUCAGUUAGAGCCAAGACUGUUUCUGGUGGCUGCUGCUGUUUUCUACUUAAUUCAUUCAAAAAUAAAAAGUCUCUCAGUUCAAGACCCAAAAA